ACAGUUGGGCCUAAGUAGUAAAAUGGGCCUUGUUAAGUGAGUCACAUUUCAAGUAGGUACUAGCAAAAACCACGAAGAGAGAAGACAAGCAGAGACGAUGAGCAACAGGAGGAGGAGCAUCGGAGACGACGACAAGGGAUUGUUGUGGAGACUUCCUCAGGUUAGGAUCAAAGACGUCGGCAAAGUUGGUCCCGCCUUUGGACUCGGAUUCGGUUGCGGAUUCGGUUUCGGCGCCGGUCUUAUCGGAGGUGUAGGAUUCGGACCAGGAGUUCCUGGACUACAGUUUGGUCUGGGAUUUGGAGCUGGUUGUGGAAUCGGUGUAGGGUUUGGCUAUGGCGUCGGAAGAGGCGCGGCUUAUGAUCACUCUCGCUCUUAUUACAACGUCGGAAAGCCAUCUCUAGAUGAAGUUGAUUCUCUUAUCGAUGAACUCGUUGUUCACACCAAGAAACUUGUCAAAGCCACUACAAAAGAAAUCGACAAGUGGAGAAGAACUUAGCCAAACUUAUCAGUGUUGCAGCAGCUCUUUUCAAGUAAAUGCCACUGUUGCGUUGUUCUUGUAUCCUGAAUGUGUCGUAGUUGUACAAUCUACAUAUGGUGUAAAGAUGGAUUCGCUUAGUUUACCUUGGCAGACGUAUUCACUCCAGUGAUGUUUAGUUAUUUAUAGUUUGAGUUCCAAGUCUUGGUGCUAUGUUGAAUUGUUUAAUGGCUCAGCUUAACUCCCGAUACCCAACUGCAUAAAAUUAUUAAAU